CAGUACUGUGUUAUCUCAACACUAGAGUGAGGGAAUCUACCAUGCGCAAGAAAAAAGACGAGCAUGACAUCAUCACCAGGCUGGAUUUGACUCCGACUCGGGUGGAUGCAUGACUCUGGAUGGAUGCUUUAUACCGUUUAUUCUCGUGUUUAUUGUCGUGUGGCGCUGCUUUCUUUUUUUUUGCGGUAGUUUCACUUUAACGGCUCGCGCUCGCUGAGAAUCGCCAUUGUUGAGGCUCGCGCGGUGAUGAGUAGCAGCGUUAGCAGCGAUGCUUCCGCCGUCAAACUGACACCUACAUGCUAUCAGUCGCGAGAAGGAGCCUCCAGCUGCCGAGUGGGCUGCGGUUUGGGUUUGGCUUUGUUUCUUUCUUUUCUUUUCUUUUCUUUUUUUUUUUGACGUGUGAUUCUGUCAUUUGGGUGUUCGCUGAGACGCCAUGAGAGCUUGCGAGUCGGCGGCCGGAGUGAGAGCGGAGCGCUGAGUGUGACACCCGGGUCAGCUGUGUAGCCCUGCGCGCGUUUCCGUCGUGACUGAGGAGACGGCAAACACACGGCACGGCAACACGAGCGCUCACACCUGCACACACUGUCAGAAAGGCCGUUCCGCUUGAGGGUUUUGGAGUUUGAGGGGGAUGUGUUCAAGGCAAGAGAGAAUUCAAAAAGACGUCGACGUUGUAAUCCAGAGGUGCCAGGCGGAGAAGGACUGCCUUUUCUCGGAUUUUCGAUUCACAGACGCCACCUUCACGUUUACCUGCUCCAAAGGAUCGAAAAGUGUGUCCUACUCUGUACAUGUCUCUGAUGAUUAUCCAGACAACACAUACGUCUCAAACUCUGAGAACAACGAUGACGUAUUAGUCACAAGAGAUCCCAUACCAGUUAUUUUUCAUAGAAUUGCAACAGAGAUAAGGACAGCUAAUGAUGACAGCUGUCUUUCCAUCAAGUCAAAGCUUCAGAUUGACAAAAACCCGUGCCAUUACACUGUAGAAGAGGAUUCAGAGGGAGAUAAUGACUCUGAAGAGUUCUACUAUGGUGGUCAGGUGAAUUAUGAUGGGGAACUUCACAAACACCCGCAGCUGGAGGCUGACCUGGUAGCCGUGAGGGAGUUAUAUGGCCAUCAUGCAGUAUCUCUCAGGGAAUAUGGUGCAAUUGAUGAUGUAGACAUUGAUCUACACAUCGAUGUCAGUUUCCUCGAUGAGGAAAUUGCCCUUGCCUGGGAUGUGAUCAGGACCGAACCUGUUAUUAUACGUCUUCACUGCUCACUCACGCAGUAUCUGAAUGGACCAGUUCCCACCGUUGACGUAUUUCAAGUGUCCACAAAAGACAGGUUUGGCCUGGGACAUCAACUGAAAAAGUAUGAUUUAAAAAAAAAAAAAUCUUAUAUCAAAUCUUAUCAAACCUUCAAAAUGAUUUGUUUCCACUUCAUGCUACUGUUUGAAUCUGUUAUCAGGAUAAUGCAGACCUUUGUCACACAGCAGUGGAAGCAUCAAACAAAAGACAAGCUUAACUGCCCACAUAGCAAAAAGCAGACAGAUAAGAAGGUGAAGUCACCUCUGCACAUCUUCUCAACUCUCCGCAGGUCCCCUAGCUAUCCCCCUCCCGGCUGCACAAAGAGCAAAAAGAAGCUCAAGCACGAGCAGGAUGGUGUGUCCAAAUCGCAUCGCCUCUUACGCCGUACAUGUUCGAGCGCAGUGAAGCCUGAGGUGGACGGCUGUGCCGGAAAGCCACGCAAACUCCUGGGCCCUUCGCUGUCAGAGCAGACGCCUGGCCUCAAACCACCUCAACGGCUCUUACCGAGGCCUGAAGAGAGCGUGAUCUCACGGCCUCACCGACUCCUGCCACGCUCCGGCUCAGGUGAGCCUCGAUGUGAACGUAGCACAGGUGGUGAUGGUAGUAGCCUUCUGAAGCCUCACCGGCUCCUUCACCGCACUGAUGAGCUGGACGGUCUCAAGCACCACCAGCGGCUCCUCGGCAGGUCCUGCUCCAGCAGUGCCAAGAUGACCAAAGGCGAGCCGCUCAAAGAGCCGUCUGGAGAGAGCCGUCGCCUCUCGCUCACCUCAGGGCUCAUAGGCAUCCUGGCCCCGGCACUCUCUCCUGCACCACCGCCAAACAAUGGAGCCAAGUCUAUACCAGUCAGAGACCGUGGCUUUCUCGUCCAGACGAUGGAGUAUGCAGAGCAGAGGAUCCCAGUCCUGAAUGAAUUCUGUGUGGUCUGUGAUGAACCUCAUGUGUUUCAAAAUGGACCAAUGCUCAGGCCCACAGUGUGUGAGAGAGAGUUGUGUGUCUUUGCCUUCCAAACGCUAGGAGUCAUGAACGAGGCUGCUGAUGAGAUCGCCACAGGUGCCCAGGUUGUUGACUUGCUGGUCUCCAUGUGUCGCUCUGCACUGGAAUCACCGAGAAAAGUAGUCAUUUUUGAGCCAUAUCCCUCUGUGGUAGAUCCCAGUGACCCGCAGUCCUUGGCCUUCAACCCAAGGAAAAAGGACUAUGACCGGGUAAUGAGAGCUCUUGAUAGCCUCACGUCUAUCAGAGAAAUGACCCAGGCGCCAUAUUUGGAGAUAAAGAAGCAGAUGGACAGAGUUGACCCCCUGGCUCACCCACUAUUGCAAUGGGUCAUAUCCAGUAACAGGUCUCACAUAGUGAAGCUACCAGUGACCAGACAACUAAAGUUUAUGCACACCCCACACCAGUUCCUCUUACUCAGCAGCCCACCGGCCAAAGAAUCCAACUUUAGAGCUGCCAAAGGCCACUUUGGGAGUACCUUUGCUUUCCAUGGAUCACACAUAGAGAACUGGCACUCCAUUUUGAGGAAUGGUUUGGUUGUGGCCUCCAAGACGAAACUCCAGCUCCAUGGCGCCAUCUAUGGGAGUGGAAUUUAUCUCAGCCCACUGUCAAGCAUAUCCUUUGGUUACUCAGGGAUGAACAAAAAGCAGCAGAAAAUUGCGUCAAAAGACGAAACUGCUACAAACAAGACCAAUAUUCAUCUGCAGUCACAGAAAAAAGGUCAGCAGCCACAGUUUCUGCAGAGUCGCAAUCUGAAAUGCAUAGCCUUAUGUGAAGUUAUUACUUCGCCAGACCUUCACAAGCAUGGCGACAUCUGGGUAGUUCCAAACACUGAUCAUGUCUGCACACGAUUUUUCUUUGUCUAUGAGGAUGGACAGGUGGGUGACACAAGCAUCAACACGCAGGACCCCAGCAUCCAUCGAGAGAUCUUACGAGUUAUCGGCAACCAAACAGCCACAGGAUGAACGACUCCAAAAGCAAUACCGCUGCCUAAACCUGCCCUCCUGACUCAGAGCUGGAUAUUUGAGCAUAGGAGGUUUUAUCAUAGGUAUUUUACUAACCACAGAACACAAGAUAGAGAGAAAAUAUCUAUAAAAUCAAAGACAGUUACCCAUGUGUAUUUACACUGGCUAAUCACACUCUGAACAUUUUGCCAGGUUUAUUAAUACAAUAUACAUUUUUAAAGGUUGUGGUAUGUCUCUCGGGUCAGCCGACAGACUGCCUGUUUUUUUAAGUUAAGAAAGAAAUGAUCGUUCUUUCUGUAACAUUUUGAGACUUCUUCCGGAUGUUAUUUGGCCUUUGUGGUAAUACACCAUUCUGCAUUGUUUACUAAGAAUUGGACUUUUAAAAGUACAACUUUGUGCUUACCGAAGGUGUUGAUAUGCACUUUAUUUUUUCUUAAUGUAAGGUUUUAGUUCCAACUUUAUUAUAUUAAAAUGCCUUUAAAGACGAUGGAUUGCAUAUUGACUUUGGUGAAGGUGAGCAAAGCAGAGAUGUUAAGAGUGGAAAGGUUGUUGUGUUUACAAAUCCCAUGUUCCUGAGCUACAUGAGUUAUUACAUGCUACCUGGCAGUAGCUGUUGGUUUACAGUUUCCAAAAAGAAGUCACAGUUUAUUCCCUCUGAUUCCACUGCAACUCUGUUUGCUGUUUUUUCAACCCGAUGACUGUGACAUUAGGUUGCCAUUUUAGUAUGAUCGUCAUAAAAAGAUUAAUUGUUUAAUAUAUAUUUGAAUGACACUGAUGGGAAAACAAAAUGCAUGUGGCUUUCCUUACAUUUUCAGUCAGUUUGUGUUCUUAGAUAUGUUAAUAGCAUUUUUAUACAAGACAAACUGGCAGCCAGUUGCGAAAUGUAUUUAAAUAUUUCAGUAUAUAUCUUUUUUUGUAAAGGUAAUUUAAGAUGGAAUAAAAGCUUGCUUCGUAUUUAUGUUUUUUUGGUCCAACCCAAAUAAGAUUGAAAUUACUUCUCUGAAAUUGUUUAAGACAAUGAGUUCAAAUGUUGCUAAUUUUUUCAGAAGACUGAUAUUUUCCCUUUGAAAAAAUAAAAUAUCAUUAUUCACUGAUUCUUGAUUAAAUUAUACCUUAACCCCAAGUAGAGUGGCACAAAGGCUAUCAUUUUAUAUUUGUAGUAAAUAUAUAAAUAUAUAAACUGAUAGACUUUGUGAGCUUUGGAUCUGGACUGAUGUUCACCAUGUUCAGAUGGACAAUAAACUCAAUUAACAUGACAUUUGUAAGAGACUUAAAAUGGAUAUUCAUUCAUACAGAUAUUUUCAUCUUUCAUAAGACUUACAUCAUUUUUGAACUUCAGAGAAAAACUAUUUUGUAAUUAUAUAUAUAUGUAUAUAUAUAUAUAUAUAUAUAUAUAUAUAUAUAUAUAUAUAUAUAAACACCAAACAAGUACAGUAUCCUAGUCUUAAACAAAAUGUUAAUGCUCAACCUUUGGACAGCAAUUAUUCUCACACAAGUAAAAUUCAAAACAUUACUUUUGACCCUUGAACAUGGUUUCUAAAUGAAGUGUGCUCAGUGUUUUGUUUGUAUGAUUUGUAUAUUUCACUGAACUCUCAUGCCACUUAGCAUUUGGUGCCUUACAGUGAAGGAUUAUUGGGAAAUAUAUAACAAAACUGUACAUAUUGUAAAUACUGCCAGAACAACAUGGAGUCCAACUAUUUUCUGUAUUCAGUUUUUACUUUUUUUCUUUAUUUUGCGACCAGAUCGAGCUUUGGGGCUUUUUACAAUAUCUGGAAACAGUAGCUUAUGUACCUGUUUAUGUUCAAUAAAGUUGAAUUUACCUAUAAAGCCCA